AUGGCCUUCCCACCCGAUUACAGGCCGCGUGGACCUCCACCUGCACCACAAGGCAAGCCGCUCCUCAACCUGUCCGAACACGAGCAGCUCGAUGGCUUCUUUGCUGGAUUUGAGUCCAACAACCUGACGCCGAACAACUUGUCCACCGCUGGGCCAGGCAUGAUGCCAGGGGAAGUCAUGGGAAAUAAUGACCAGCCGCUGACGCCUCAAUACUUCAUCACCUCCCACACUCACAUGCAAGGUCAAGCGCCUUUUGUAGAUCCAAAUGCUCUCGAAGGAGGCGGUAACAUGUUCAGUAGCAGUCAUAUGGGGAGCAACAUGGCCAUGACGGCCAAUGGUGUGCCCUAUAAUCAGAUGGUCACACACACGGCUCACGCACUGCCGUUUGCGACAUAUCAAAACUCACACAACAACGGCCAGGAUUUCUUUGAUCCUCUAGCCACGUCCGUGCCAAGCGCGUAUCCUGUGUCGUGGCCUCACAAUUUAGCAUCGAACAACAUGAGUUCCUCGGGUCCUCGUCCACUGGUACGGUUCGGAUCUGACUCGCAUUUUGGACCAUCGGGCUAUAUCCCUCCGUUAGAUUCGACUGAACUGACCGAUCAAAACGCAAUGCAACGCUUUGAAUGGCUUGAAGGUGAUGCGCAAAGUAGUGCUCCACCAACCCAACCCAACACUGAACCAUCGAGUCCUGUGUAUACACGAAAACGAAAAGUCGAGGUCGACCAAUCAGCGAAGCUGAACCAGUCCAACGGAUUCGUUGAAAACGCCGAACCAGCAGAGCAAGAAGACAUCGAAGUUGAAACAGCCACAACAUCUCCCCGAAAGAAGCGCAGAGUCACCCUCAAGUCCGAACCCACCACCCCUUUCCGUCCAUCCCAAUCCCAAUCCUCACCAGCCACCAGCAACAUCAAAUCCACCACCCGCGGAAAGCGAAAAUCCCUCCCCGCCGUCCCUUCCAUCUCCCCAGCCCGCCCUUCCUCCGCCACCACGAAAACCCAGCCCUCCUCCGCGACUUCUCACACCAACACCAACAAACCUAAACGACCCCCCGCCAUCUCCUCCCUUUCCGGAUCCGGUUCCGCGGGCGGAGUUCGCGUCCCCCUGACCUCGGACCAAAAACGCGCCAACCACACCAACAGUGAACAACGGCGCCGGGACCAGGCACAGAGGGCGUUUGCAAAGCUAUUUGAUCUUGUUCCUGAGUUAGAGCAGGAGGGGAAGCUGAGUCAGAUGAAGAAGCUGGAGAGGGUAGUGAGGAAGAUCAGGGAGUUGGAGGAGGGGAAUCGAGAGUGUAGAAGGAGAAUUGAGGCUGUGGAAAAGGGCGGAGGUUGA